AUGGAAGAUAAUUUUGAGGUUAAUUUAUCCGAAUCACAAAUUUACGAAAUUAUAGUAGGUAAUUCAGAAAAUAUGGAAUCUAAAACAAGUGAACAAUCCAAAUAUGGUGAGGGACAUUGGGAUGGAAUGGUAUCGGUUAGCAAAGUAAUAGAUAAUGUAAUAAAAUUAGUCCCUGUUUUUACUGGGGAAGUCCAGGAAGAAUUACCUAGGUUUAUUGAUGCAUGCGAGUUGGUCGCAUCGACUAUAAUUACGAGGUUACAAGGACAAGCAUAUGACUUAAUAAAAUACGAAGUUAUAGAUACCUGGGAGGAAUUAAAAAAUAUUUUAAAAAACUCGUACGAAAGACCUAAAAAUGCUUCUUAUCUGCAAACUGCGUUGUUUAGUUGUAAACAGCAAUAUAAAGAAUCGGUAGUAGAAUAUGCUAAUAGGUUAAAAAAUUUGUUAAGUCAGGUCUCUAACUGUAGCACGCAAGGAAAAAGUUUACCAGAUGCGUUAAUUAUAAAAAAUUGUUUAAGAGAGCAAGUAUUAAAUGUAUUUCUAGAGGGUAUAUCAGCUUCUAUAAAAGUAAUGGUAAAAAGCCAACACCCUACAACACUAGACUCCGCUAUUCAACAUGCGAUAGUUGAAGAAAAAAAUUUCCUAGCUCAAAUUGAGGGGCGUAGGUUAAAUAAUGUUCGAUUUACGCGGGUACCAAAUGGUAAUAAUUUUAAAAAUAAUAAAUUUAAUAACCCGGUUAAUUCGUCGUUUAAAGGUAGGUGUCAUAUCUGUUCGAAGGUAGGACACUACGCUCGCGACUGUAGAAUGAAUGAUAGAAAUAGAAAUAGAAAUAAUGUAAAACAAACUGUAGUAGAGCAUACUUACGUGGUGUGCGAAUAUUGUUCAAAAGGGGGUCAUACAAUAGAGAGAUGUUUUAAGAAAAAGAAUGCAGAAAAUAGAAGAAAAAAGAGUCUAAAUAAUAAUACUAGUGACCCAGAGACGAGUUCAAGUAGUUCUAGUCAACCAAGGGAGAAAAGUUUUCCAAAAGAGGUUGGAGAUUUAAGAAAACCGCAUGAUGUAAAAUUAAUUACUGUAGAAAUGGAUGGGAACCAUAUUAGGUGUGAGUCGCCGAAUUUUAUAGAUCCUUGUGCAGAGUUUUUGUUAGACACAGGAAGUAGUGUUAACAUUAUUAGUUUAAAAAGCUUAACUGAUAACACGAAGUUAAUACCUGGGGAAAACGUGUACUUAAGAGGGAUCAAUGCUGAAUUGGUAGAAACCAUAGGCAUAGUAGAGAUACCCAUCAAAGUAAAUAGAAUUGAUUUGGGUAUAAUAAAAUUUUAUAUAGUUGAUGAAAGGGUUCCAUUCUUAAAAGCGGGUAUUUUGGGGCAAGAAUUCAUGAAGGAACAAGGCACAAUUAUUAACAUAAAGAAUAGUACUAUUUCGUUCUGUAGGGAGAAUUCGAUUAAGUUGCCACCAAGGUCAGAAUAUGUAGCAUCGGUUUCAGUAAAUAAAAAUAUAGUUGAUAGUAAAGUAGCAGUAUUAAUAGAUCGUAAAGAGAUUGCUGAAAAAGUUAUUGUGGGAAAUGUAUUAAAUAUUGUUAAAGAUGGAAAAAUACUGGUUAAUGUAAUUAAUUUAUCUGAGGAAGAAAAAACGAUUAAGCCUCUGAAUAUAAGCGAUUUUGAGUAUGAAAUAUUUAACGAAGAAUUAGUAAUGAGUACGAAUGUUGAAAACAAAAUAGAUAACAAUUACUUGGGGUCAGAUAGGCGUGAUAAAUUGAUGUCUGAAUUGCGUUUAGAACAUUUAAAUGUCGAAGAGAAAGAAAAUGUCAUAUCCAUAUGUGCAGAGUACGCCGAUAUAUUCUAUUUAGAAGGGGACAAGUUAACGAGUACUGAUUCUAUAAGUCACGAUAUAAAAGUGCCUAGUGGACAGUUACCUCUUUAUACGCGUCAAUAUAGGUUACCACAUAGUCAACGGGAUGAAAUAAGUAAGCAAAUAAACCAAAUGAAACGAGAUGGUAUAAUAGAACCCAGUAAAUCGCCUUGGAAUUCACCUAUCUUGUUAGUUAAAAAGAAAUUAGAUGCCACUGGGAAGCAAAAGUAUAGGUUGGUGGUGGAUUAUCGGAAAUUAAACAAUAUUACGGUGGGAGAUAAAAUGCCUUUACCUUUAAUACAAGAUGUGCUAGAUCGAUUAGGUAAUUCUAAAUAUUAUUCUGUAUUGGAUUUGGCUUCAGGCUUUCACCAAAUUCCUUUAAGUACAGUUUCAAAAGAAAAAACUGCGUUCAGUAGUGAUGAUGGACAUUAUCAGUAUACUAAAUUGCCCAUGGGUUUAAAGAAUAGUCCGCCAACAUUUCAGCGACUAAUGAAUAAUGUUUUAUGUAAUUUAGUAGGUAUUAAAUGUCUUGACUAUUUGGACGACGUUAUUAUUUUUUCAGAGNAUUUGGACGACGUUAUUGUUUUUUCAGGGGAUUUAAAAGAGCACAAGAAAAGAUUAAGGGAAGUAUUUAAACGAAUGAGAGAACAUAAUUUAAAAUUACAACCUGCCAAAUAUCAUAAGGCGAAUACUAUCGCCAAAGGUUUCGUAGAAUAUUUCGUGUGUCUACAUGGUAUACCUCAGUCAAUACUUACAGAUAACGGGGCUGAAUUUGUUAGUGAUAUAUUUGUAAAGGUGUGCAAAAUUUUAAAAUUAGAAAAGUCUUUAGCAAGCGUGUAUCAUCCACAAACAAAUGGGGGUUUAGAAAGAGCUCAUAGAACAAUAAAAGAAAUGUUGCGACAUACUGUAGAUAUGCAUGCACAAGAUUGGUGCGAACAUAUACCAUUUGUUAUUUUUGCUUACAAUUCCGCUAUACAUGAGAGUACCCAAUACCAACCAUAUGAACUUUUAUAUGGUAACCCUGUAAAGUUACCCAUAGGUUUGAGUAGAGAAAUAAAAACUGCUAAAUGGUAUCCCCUUGUGUCGAUAAUAAAGUAUAAAAUAACUGGUUUUGAUAGUUCUCGAGGGAGUAGUUGA